AUGAUAUAAUAGAUUAAAUAUUACGAAGAAUUAUAAGAAUUUUUAAACUCUUCAUUCUAAUCUCAUGAGGUCCUCCAUAUUAAUUUGAGUAAUCAUUAAAUUUACAACGAAGGUGUAUCAGGCUUAGGUAUUGCCUUAGCAAAUUGCAAUAAUCUCUCAAAUUUGACACUUGAUCUUCAUUAAAAUAAAAUUAGUGAUACUGGUACAUCUGAAAUAGGUUCUGGCUUAGGAAAGUGCACUAAUCUCUCAAAUUUGACACUUGAUCUUAGUUACAAUUUAUUAGAUGAAACUUGUAUAUCAUAAUUAAGUUCAGCUUUAGCAAAUUUAACUAAUCUUUCAAAUUUGACAUUUAAUAUUCGUCAAAAUUAUAUUGGAGCAAUUGGUAUAUCAGGUUUAGGUUUAGCUAUAGCAAAUUGUAUUAAUCUCUCAAAUUUGUCACUUAAUCUUAGUCUCACUUACAUUGGUGAAAAAGGUGCACCAGGAUUAGGUUUAGGUUUAGCAAAUUGCACUAAUCUCUCAAAUUUAACCCUUGGUCUUCGUUAGAAUAAAAUAGGUGCAAUAGGUGCAUCAGAAUUAGGCUCUGCUUUAGCAAAUUGCUCUAAUCUCUCAAAUUUGGCACUUGAUUUUUAUUUCAAUUAAAUUGGUGACAAAGGUGUAUCAGGCUUAGGUUCUGGUUUAGGAAAUUGCACUAAACUCUCAAAUUUGAAACUUAAUCUUUAGUAAAAACAGUUUAUUUGUAAUUGA